AUGAAUGUGUUAAAUAAACCAUCGGCUAAACCAGUGGUGAUUAUCGUGGCCGCCUUGGUGCCCUCGUUGGGUAUUGGGAAUAAAGGAACCAUGCCGUGGAGACUCAGGCGAGAAAUGAAGUAUUUCCGUGAAGUCACCAGUGGUAAUAAUGAUGGUUCUUCCAACACCAACGCGGUGAUCAUGGGGCGCAAGACUUGGGAAAGCAUUCCUGAGAAGUUCCGGCCAUUGCCAGGAAGAAGAAACAUGGUAUUAUCCAGAAGCUACCCCGAUGGCGAUGUGCAGCACACCAAAAAUCCUCACCACCACCAGGCAACAACAACAACAGCAACAACAACAACGUUGUUCAACAGCGUCGAAUCGGCGAUCGCCUAUUGUGACCAGAGUGUGGAUAUCAAUACGAUUUACAUCAUUGGGGGAGCGGAGAUAUACAACCAGGCAGUCAAUAACCAGAGAGUCCGCCAGAUAUUGUUAACGGAGAUCAACAGUGAUCAGCCAGUGGAGAUGGACACCUUCUUGGAAUUCAAGUUAGAUAAUCAUGAAUGGAUCAAGCAGAACCGUCAAAGAUUACGCGAGGUGGUGGGACACCACGUAGAAUUGCCCCAGGAGGAGAUAUUGGAGAACGGGUUCAGGUAUAACUUUACGUUAUGGGAGAGGAAAUGA